GCGAAAGCCGGACAUGAAGGAAGGGCACGUCUUCAAUCGGGUUGAAUGGGCGGUGGAGCGAGCACUUGAGAUCCGCUCUUCCCUCGCCUUCCCACCCCGCACUAAAUUUAAAGCGCGGGCGAGCCCACGAAUGAGCGCAAGCCAAAGAAUAAGACGAAGGAGAGAGAGAGAGAGAGAGAGAGCGAGAGCGAGAGACGCGAUGUCGUGGCAAACAUACGUCGAUGACCACCUGAUGUGCGAGAUCGAGGGCCGCCACCUCACCGCCUCGGCGAUCGUCGGCCAGGACGGCAGCGUCUGGGCGCAGAGCGCGUCCUUUCCCCAGUUUAAGCCUGAGGAGAUCACCAAUAUCAUAAAUGAUUUCAAUGAACCUGGAACACUUGCCCCCAUUGGCUUAUUUCUUGGAUCGACAAAGUACAUGGUCAUUCAAGGAGAGCCUGGAGCUGUCAUCCGUGGAAAGAAGGGAUCUGGAGGCAUCACUGUGAAGAAGACAAACCAAGCAUUGAUUUUUGGCAUCUACGACGAGCCAAUGACUCCAGGACAGUGCAACAUGGUCGUGGAGAGGUUGGGUGAUUACCUCAUUGAUCAGGGCCUGUAGUUCAUCGAUUACCACAUGCAGCUCAUUUCCCCCCUACAAAUGGAAACGUAAAACUUCUCUACUAAACGGUUUUGGAAAAUGACCAUAGGGUAAUAAUCUGGUGAAGGAGCAGGAAUAUCGAGUCCAUCUGAAGUUGUUGAUUUUUUAUCCCCCUUCCUUUUCUUGAUCAAAUGCCAGUCGAUGACUUGAAUUAUUGAAUGUAUGCUCUUCUUGGUUUCUUAUAUCUUAUCAAUAAUCCAUUUCCUU